GCACCUCCACUCAGCUCUGAGCCCGCUGCACUGCCUGCGCUGCGCGUUACCAUGACGGAAUUCGCCAUCUCCUUCAGCAAGGACUUCCUUGCCGGAGGCGUCGCUGCUGCCAUCUCCAAAACGACCGUGGCCCCGAUUGAGCGGGUCAAGCUGCUGCUGCAGGUGCAACAUGCCAAUAAGCAGAUCGCAGUGAACAAGCAGUACAAGGGCAUGGUGGACUGCUUCGUGCGCAUCCCCAAGGAGCAGGGAGUGCUGUCCUUCUGGAGAGGCAACAUGGCCAAUAUCAUCUACUACUUCCCUACGCAAGCCCUCAACUUUGCCUUCAAAGACAAGUACAAGCAGGCUUUCCUGGGGGGCGUGGACAGGCACACGCAGUUCUGGAGAUAUUUUGCUGGCAACCUGGCUUCUGGUGGGGUGGCGGGGGCCACCUCCCUCUGCUUUGUCUACCCCCUGGAUUUCGCCAGAACCCGUCUGGCGGCCGAUGUGGGAAAAUCAGGCACCCAGCGGGAGUUCAAAGGCCUAGGACACUGCCUGGUGAAGAUCACCAAGUCGGACGGUAUCCGGGGCCUAUACCGGGGCUUCCCGAUCUCCGUGCAGAGCAUCUUCCUCUACCGGGCUACCUACUUCGGCCUGUACGACACGGCGAAAGGCAUGCUCCCUGAUCCCAAGAACACCCACAUUGUGGUGAGCUGGCUGAUCGCCCAGAGCGUGACAGCGGUGGCGGGCCUGGUCUCCUACCCAUUUGACACCAUAAGGCGGCGGAUGAUGAUGCAGUCCGGGCGCAAAGGAGCCGACAUCCUGUACAGGGGAGCCAUCCACUGCUGGCAGAAGAUCUUCAAGGACGAGGGGUACAAGGCCUUCUAUAAGGGCGCUUUGUGCAAUGUCCUCAGGGGCAUGGGUGGGGGCUUCGUGCUGGUGCUUUACGAUGAGCUGAAGAAAGUCAUCUAG